UUAAAACAUAUGGGAUUGUUGUUAAGUCAAAACGAACUAGUUUCACACACUCCAGCUAGCUCCAAACUCAAUUUAUUUGCCAGCGCGGAACCAGCGUGUAUUGUUUGUUUGCAAAAAGCUAAUUGAAUUUUACUUUAAAAAAUGUUCUCAUUGCUGCACAAAGAGGAAAACGCACACGACAACGCACUGUGGGCAUGCGCCUGGGGACGCGACCCGGAGCCGGCAACAAAUGCCGAUGAUGAAAACAAUGAUGAACCGGCUGAGGAAAAUCCCUUUGAUUUCGACAAAAAGGAGCCAAAACCCACGGAUUUCAUUGUCAGCGGCGGACUAGAUGAUCUGGUUAAGGUGUGGGAUUUACGUGAGGAUAACACACUCAAAUUACGACAUCAACUAAAGGGCCAUGCUCUAGGCGUUGUCUCCGUGGCAGUCAGCUCCGAUGGUCAAACAAUUGCCAGCAGCUCGUUGGACUCGAGCAUGUUUCUGUGGGAUGCCAAAACGGGCGAAAAGAAACACAAGCUGACGUUUGGUCCUGUGGAUUUGUGGACUGUGGGCUUCUCGCCUUGCAACAAGUAUGUGAUCUCAGGCCUCAAUGAUGGCAAGAUCUCUAUGUACAGCGUGGAAACGGGCAAAGCUGAGCAGGUGCUGGACGCCCAGAAUGGCAAAUAUACGUUGAGUAUAGCAUAUAGUCCUGAUGGCAAGUAUAUUGCGAAUGGCGCUAUUGAUGGCAUCAUUACCAUCUUUGAUGUGGUUGCUGGCAAAGUAGCACAAACUCUUGAAGGUCAUGCGAUGCCUGUUAGAAGUCUCUGCUUUUCGCCGAACUCACAAAUGUUGCUCACGGGUUCGGACGACGGGCACAUGAAGCUCUACGACGUUGCACAUUCCGAUGUGGUGGGCACGCUGUCUGGCCAUGCCUCUUGGGUACUUUGUGUGUCCUUCUCCGAGGAUGGCAAACACUUUGCCAGCUCCUCCAGCGAUCGCAGCGUCAAAGUUUGGGAUACAGCGGAACGAAAAUGCUUGAAUACCUUCAAUGAACACACGGAUCAAGUGUGGGGCGUUAAAUAUAGUCCAGGCAAUGAUAAAGUGAUUUCUGUCUCGGAAGACAAGUCGCUGAAUAUUUACUAUUGCCCACCCAAUGCCAUUGUGUGAUCCAUUGCAAGUUGUACAAUAAAUCAUAGGUUUAACAUUAACAACAAUUAUUAUAUCUUUUUGCUAUCCUAAUUAUGGUUUGCUACUCUCGGCAUCCUCUGGACUUGUUUUCCUCUCCAGCAGUUCCUGCUUGGCGCGCGUUAGCAACGUAUCCUUGUACUUCUGAUCCGGUAUAUAGACGCUGAAGGUCUUAAAAUAGUACAA